CGUUAGGAAAACCAUUUUAAGCUGUUUGUGGGUGUCAGAGAGGCCGGGGAAGUCUAGAGAGAGAUAAUGGGUGUUUUAGGCGCUGUGCAAUGGUGGGAGGAGUGGCAGCUGCGGAUCCUCGUCCUUGGGAGCCUGGUGAUUCAGUACAUCCUCCUCGUCUCUUCUGUCGCGCGUAAGUUCCCCAUCAGAUCCUGGUUUAGACCUAUUAUCUGGCUUGCAUACCUUGGCAGCGAUGCCAUUGCAAUCUAUGCGCUCGCCACCCUCUUCAACCGCCAAAGGAAGCCGCAGCAGGAGGAUGGAGACGGUGUCAGCAGCAUCUUGGAGGUGUUGUGGGCGCCUAUCCUCCUGAUACACCUCGGUGGACAGGAUGGCAUAACCGCCUACAACAUCGAAGACAACGAGCUAUGGACGCGGCACAUCCUCACCUCGGUGUCUCAGGUCACCGUGGCCGUCUAUGUGUUCUGCAAAUCGUGGCCAGACAGCGAUGACACGAAAUUGCUAGUUGCUGCAAUAUUGCUCUUCAUCCCCGGUAUCCUCAAAUGCUUAGAGAAGCCCUGGGCUCUCAACAGAGCUAGCAUUAACAGCUUGGUGAGCUCCGGUGAGCCUAUUCGGAGGUCAAUACACACACACAAGCUCAAGAUUGAUCCGCUUGAAGAUUUCAUUGACAAGGCAAUCAGUCCUGCCGGGCCCAAUGACCACCUUUUAACACUAACAGACCAUACUCGGUAUAAGUUAUUUGUGGACCUUGCAUCUCCUUCUGUUGAUGAUCGGAUCAGGAUGCUACGGUCCUUCUCAGCACUUGAUGACUACCGUGCAUAUCGUAAGCUGCAGUCUGGCAUCUCCGAGACGUUCCAAUUACUCUACACCAAAGAAAAGGUGUUCUCCGGUUUCAUGAUCAAUAGAGCCAGAUCCACGGCCAAUUUGUACAGAGUAAUGAAACCCUCACCAGCUGGUUUCUUUUUCGGGGUACUUGUCCGUGCAGUAGCUGUGUACCUUCCAUUGGCAGCCAUAGCGCUCUUCCAUCAGAGUCACAGAGAAGCUUAUAGUGAAGACGAUGUCAAGGUUACAUAUGCCUUGCUCGCAUGUACCACUGUCCUGGAGUAUUGGGUCGGUGGCCUAAACAUGAACCCAAGGACCCAAGAAAAAAGGGUAUGGCUGUCAAAACUAGUCAAGUCUAUAUAUGAUGAUAUGGUUUACCAAUACAGCCUUAUAGGACUGCUUGUCCGCAAUAAAGAGCAUUCCAGUCUUAUGAGCAUCGUGGGAUUCUUGCGAUGCGCCGACUUCCUUCAGCAACAUUGGCACAUGAAGUCUUGCUCCUCAUCCUUGAGCAUUACAAAGUUAGUGCUGCAGUAUGUGAAAUGUGGGUGGGGAGCACCACAUAAGAGAUGUUUCCAGUUACAGGAAGUUCAAUGAUAACAGAGGCCAGUUUACCCUUGGGCGUGAAGGUCAUUACCAGGAACUGGGCUGGAGCUUAGAGGGUGCAUUCGAUGAGAGUGUUCUUCUCUGGCAUCUCGCCACGGAUUUCUGCUACUACGACAAGGGUGCAUCUCGUUCUCACCAUGGGUAUCAGUGCACGCAAGAUUCGUGUCCUGCUUGGUGCAAAAAGUCUGAUCAUCACAAGAGGGCCGUCCAGUGCAGAGAAAUGUCCAAUUACAUGAUGUAUCUACUAUUUGUGAAUCCUGAGAUGCUAAUGGCAGGCACUAGAAGGAACCUUUUCAUGGCCGCCUACAAAGAACUGAAGGGCAUCAUUAUCCAGGGAGACAAGCAACCUCCCAAGGAAAGAGAGCUUACGCAGGGGAUAAUCGCUGCGCUGGAUGAUGAAGGAGUAUCUCCACCUUCAGAUGAUACCCAGCAGCAACAGGGGGGCAUUAUCCGUGACGCUUGGAGUAUUUUCAAAGUGCUGUCGAGUCUGCCUGAAGGGAAGAUGUGGGAUGUGAUCGAAGGCGUGUGGGUGGAGAAGUUGUGCUUCUCUGCCGCUAGAUGCAGAGGAUACCUGCAUGCCAAGGGUCUGGCCACGGGUGUGGAGUACCUGACCUAUGUUUGGCUGCUGCAGUACUACAUGGGGAUGGAGACUUUGUCAGAAAAACUGCAGAGGGUGGAUCAUCAUCACCAUCACAACGGAGGAGAGCAUGGGGAUGACCCUUCAACUCCUGGUGUCAGCAGGGUCACGACUGCCCGAGAGGAAGCUGUUGGUCCUUCAAGAUCAAGUGGUGGUGCCGCCGAAGAACAAGCCACCGGUCAAUCCGCCGGUUACCAUGACAGUGAUGGCAUAGUGGAAGAAAUCGUCUGAUUCACUAUGAUGAUUCUGGGUGCCAAUUCAUCUCUGCUUCGUAUUGCUCUGUUCACUUUUAUAUGCGUGCCAAUACUUUUUUUCCUGUUGAUUAAUGGCAAUAUGCAUGUUUUGUUGGUGUCGUUUUCUGCUACUUAAGUCCCUUUCUGUUGCUGACUUCAAUAAAGAGUAUGCAAGUCUGCUGUAA